UCUUCGUCAUCCACCACGACCCACCAAGGUUGGCUCUCUCUGUGGGGAUCCAAAGCUCCUGGGAAAGCGCUGAUCCACGUUUGGAGAUUGAUCAAGAAUGGCCUGGUGGUGGGCUCGGAACUUCUACGGCGACAUAUCAAGGCGGGCGUUUUUUGCCCUGCAUGUGGGAGAGAAGAAGCUAUAUCAUCGGUUUUGGGCCUGUUAUCAUUCGGCAAUGUUUUGGAAGGAGCUGGGCUCGGCAUUGGGUGUAAGGGUGGCGAUCCCACCUGUAUCUAUGAGCACCCAGAGUUCGCUCGCGAAGUGGAUGUUACAGUGGCUGUCAGAGGCGUCGGACGAGGAAAAGUCCAUGAUGAUCCAGGGCAUCUACGCACUAUGGUUAGCACGGAAUGAAACACGCGAAGGAAAGAAGAUUGAGGAGCCGGAGCAGAUUGCAAAAGCGGUGGUCAUGCGACUAGAGGAGUGGCAAAGAGUAAUGGGUGGCCAUGGUUCAGUUGCAAGUAGCCAGCUGAAGGAUACUUGGAAACCCCCGGAGCAUGGUUGGCUGAAGGCCAAUGUAGAUGGAGCUAUGGUGCGGUCAGGGGUGGGAGGUGGAGGGGGUGUGAUCUUUAGAGAUGAACAUGGAGUUUUCAGAGGUGCAGCGUCGGUGUUUUUCCCGGAUACAUGCAGCGCGGAGGUGGCUGAACUGCUUGCAUGCAGACGAGCAGUUCAGGAAGCUGUUCAGAAGGGAGUGCAGAAGUUGCACCUUGAAACGGACUGCCAGACUGUUGCUGGGAUGCUAAACGAAAAGAAGCGGAAUUUAUCAGCUAUGGAUCAAAUUGUAGAGGAAGUGAAAUCAAUGUGCAGUUCGCUUGCUGAGUGCAAGAUCACCUGGGUGAGGAGAACAGCGAAUAGAGCUGCCCAUGGGCUGGCUAAACUAGGAAUAAGUAAUAUGGUUUCGAUGUUUUGGGACCUUGUUCCCCCUGAUUGUAUUCUAAGUAUUGUUUCAGACGAGAUCCUUUCAUUAGUUUAA